AUGGAAUCUCCAGUGCGACGGCGGUAUGAGAUAGAGGAGCUUAAAUCACUACAGCACUCUCCACUCGUAAAAAAACCUGAUGGAUUACCGCCAAUUGAAGAAUGGAUGGGGCCUGCCCCCGCAGUUCGACCCCAAACCACACGCACACGCACAGAUGGCGAUGUUCUUGCUAACAGUACUAACCACGACGAUUCUGUCAAAGGUAUUUCGGCAACACGCCGGCCAUCUAUGUUCGAAUCUCGGCACGUGUCACGAUCGUCAAUUCCAGAAGACAUCCUCGGGCCUCCGAAAAUGAUGUCGUUUGCGUCAUCAUCCUCGGCUCGAGCAAUAUCCGGCAAGUUUGAUCAAGAUGGACUUCAUGCCACCUCAAUAGCAUCUCCAGUAUUUGCGGAAGAACGUGGGGAAAGCCCUCAUUUUGAACGGUUCAAGAUUGAAAGGGGGGUUCGCUCGGGCGACAAGGACAGAGGGGACAAAGAUCGCGGCGGAGAUCGUGUCGAUAUGCGGGGUCCCAACCACAUUAAGCGAUUUAGAGAUGAUGGUGAAGGUAGCGGAGAGCGAGGUAGUGGCGGCUGGACAAAUGUUUCACGCCAACCGCGCAAGAGCUUUGGUGCCGAGGACGGUGACCGUUUCCGUAGGGGUGUCGAAAGAGAAAAGCGGGAAACUCCGUGGGAUAAGGACCGCCCACCAAAAUACGAUAACUUUGGUAGAGAUCGAGAUCGUGAACACCGGCCAAAGUUGAAAAGAGAUGAAUCUAGCUGGUUGCUAGAUGACAAUCGUGGGGGAGACAGGGAUCACUAUCGUGAGCGUGACCGCGAUCAUCAUCGUGACAAUCACCGCGAUAGUCACCGUUACAACAAUAGUAGGGCUGAGAAGGACCCUGAAUGGAUGGAUUCUGGGCCAGGUAAUGAAGAUAGGACAGGAGAUUCUAAACCGGCACAUUCGAUGGAGGAAUUUCAACGCUGGAAGGAGAGAAUGAAGGCAGGUAAUGCACCGCCUGAAGAGAAAAAGAAGGCAGACGUGCCUGCCGAAGAGAACCAUCAAACACCACCUCCAAAAGAAGAAGUCGAAGCUAGGCCUACAAAGGGGCACGAAAGUGCAGUUAUUGAAGAACCGCAAACCGCCCCGGCGGUAGUAGAAAAUAACGUGGACAGAUUCUUCGGAUUCUGGAGCACUCCUGCUACUAAAAGCGCCGAGCAGGAUAUAAUGAACCCUAUCAGGCAGGAGCCCAAGAAUCCAGUGAAAUCUCGUUUUGCUGCAAUUUUUGCCCCACAGGACGAGGUUGCUGCGCCUCCGGUAGUUGAAGCCCGCAAGCCUUCUCCAAAAUUGCCUACUCCUGCAAAUGGAUCUACCCCCGAAGACAAAGAAGGUUUCCAGCGUAUUCUGAAGAUACUCAACGGCGUCAAUAUCGGAGAGAAUACAACCCCGAUAGCCGUACAAGCCCCUGUAUCAACUCCGCAAAUCCAACGCCCUAUGCAACGUAGCAUAUCCCCUAUCACGUCAAGCCUUAUGUCUCCCCCUCCUGCUCCAUCACACCAGCAAAAUCAAGGAAAUCCUGGGCUUCGAAAUGACCCCAAUACAGACUUCCUCAUGCGCCUUAUGCAUCAGUCGCAUCAGUCACAGCAGCAGCAGCAUCAGCAACAGCAGCAGCAGCAACAACAGCAGCAGCAACAACAACAGCAUCAACAGCAUCAACAGCAUCAGCAGCAACAGCAACAACUGCAGCAGCAGCAACAACAACAUCAGGCACAGCUCCCUCCAUCAAUCUCUCCGCUGCACCAGCACUAUGGAGGGCCGUCUCAGAUGCCUCCGCCGCCUCCAAUCUCAACGAGCCCCCAUAAUUAUCAUAGAGCAAAGAAUAACCCCCUUUCGCCUGUUUUUGAUGACCCUGCGAUCACCGAUUUUAGAAGGCGUGACGCCAGUCCCAUCUACCCUAGGGGACCUCCACUCAUGGAGCAACAUGGCCCUCCGGCCGGCUGGAAUCCUCCUCAACAGAUGUCGCAGCCGCAAAUCCCUCAAUCACUUAGGCAAGUGGCCCCACCUCCAGGACUCGCAAGGAACCAGCAUCAUCAAGGUCCUCCCCCACCUCCACCUUUUCUUGGGCCACCUCUGGGAGUUAAUGGGCCCCCAAUGCCAUUUCAACUUGGCCCAAUGCCAAACAUACCACCAAAUUUCGGCCCGCCUCCCCCGUUCUUUGGUAUGAAUGGACCUCCUCCUCCACAGAUGAAUGGGCCACCGCCUCCAGGGUACCAUAUGCCGUUCCAUCACCCUCACCAUGAGCCACCCCAUGGUCCCCCAAUGGGGCUUCACGGUCCACCAUUUGGUUUCCCUCACGAUGGAGCCAAGAAUCCUCCCCAUCCUCACGGGCCCGGUAAUGUCUCUAAUAUCGAAUUCUAUGGAACAAUGUGA